GUUCGAUUGUUGUUGACAGAGGUAAGCUACACAGGUGAAUAGUUUCGUGUGCUACCUGCCGAUUUAUUUCUAUUAUUUCGUUAAUUUAAUUAAUUUUCGCGAUUAAAAAAAUGUCCUAAACAGAUCGAACUGUGUGACAAUAAUGUUAGGACGCUUCAGUGACGCGGAGUGCAUUGUGGGUUUUUAACGGCCAAAAAAACAACAAUGGAGUUUCCGAAUAGGUGGAAAUUCGGAAAUUUUCUGAUAUUUAUGGCGUUCCAUUCGCUUCUGGGACCCCGGGAAGCAUCUAGUUCGGGCCCCUCUCACCAGCCGGAGGCCUAUUUCAACGGAUCUUCCUAUUUGAGACUUCACACGACAAUAUCCUUGAAGAAACAGACCGGUUUGAGUUUUCGAACGUGUUACGGCGGAAAUCUGUUUUCGCAACAGCUCAACGACGAUUUGAUCGAGCUAUCGGUGAACUCCGAUGAAAUCGAAUUCACAGCCAAAACGGCCGGUAAAAAAUACGAACACAAAAUAGUCGGGCGUUUCUUGGACAAUCGAUGGCACACGGUUUACCUUCAAUAUGUAGCAGGCAAUUUGACCAUCGAAAUCGACGGAUAUACUCAGCUUUUGGCGAAUUCGAGCUAUCGAAACGAACUGCUGAUCAGUCCGGGCCUUUACAACGAAGGCGCCGCCGUCCUUCUCAUCGGCAAGCAAUUCAACGGGUGUCUUUUGGAAGGCCCCACCGUCGUCUUCGAUCCUUCCAUAAUCAAAUCCAGCCACAAUGUCGCCUUCAAAACCUGCCCCAUACCGUACGAUAGCUGCGUACCGAAGGGCUUCGAUUGGUGCGAAACGGAGCCGUGCAUGCGACACGGCGCUUGUCUCAGUCGCUCCGAUACGUACACGUGCAUCUGCAACGCCCGCUAUUCGGGCAAGAAUUGCGAAAUCGACUUGGGCGAUCCCUGCGACAAAUUGCCGCCGUUGUGCAAGAACAACGCGGCGAAUUGCACCACCGACGCUUCGGGCGAUUUCACGUGCACCUGCGCCCCCGGUUACACGGGCGAACGGUGCGAGACGAAGAUCAAAUCGCAUCCGAUGUGCAAGAACAGGAACUGUCUCAACGGCGGCGUGUGCCAAGUGAAUCCCGAUACCGACGAGGCGACGUGCCAGUGCCGGCCCGGCUUCGCCGGCGACGAUUGCGAACGCGACACGGACGAAUGCAAAUCGAAUCCCUGCCUGAACGGCGGCUCGUGCUCGGACGGUCCGGACAAUUUCACGUGCGACUGCAGCCGCACCGGCUACCAGGGUAGACUGUGCGAGGAGGACGUGAACGAAUGCGACGCGACGAAUCCCUGUUACAACGGCACCUGUUUCAACGCCUACGGGUCCUAUUUGUGCCAAUGCGCCCCCGGUUACGGCGGCAGGAAUUGCGCCACCCCCGUCGACGAGUGCCUGUCGAAGCCUUGUUUCAACAACGGGGUGUGUAUCAGUUUGCCGGGGACGUACGAGUGCCGUUGCAUCAACGGCUAUUCGGGCGAUAAUUGCGAAUCGGAGCCGAAAGGGCUAGGGCAAGGGCGCCUUUGCGAGCCCGACGAUCCCGAUUGUGCGGCGUCGGUUUGCUCGAGGAAUCCCUGCUUGAACGGGGGCACGUGCAAACCCUACAAGAAUUCCUUCAAUUGCACCUGUCCCUUGGGUUUCGCCGGGAAAAUUUGCCAAACGAACGUCGACGAGUGCUCUUCGAAUCCGUGUCGAAACGGCGGCAUUUGCCACGACAAGAUAGGAGGUUUCCAGUGUAAUUGCACGUCGAAUUGGAUGGGCCCCACUUGCGAGAAACCCUACGACGUAUGCGAAUUAAAACCGUGCAAAAACAACGGCACGUGCGUCCCGUCGCCCGACCGACGGGAGUUUUCCUGUCGUUGCGCCGUCGGUUUCGACGGCGAAACAUGCGAGAAUAACGUGGACGAUUGCUUGGGAAAUAUGUGUCCACCGAACCAAAUUUGCGUCGAUUUAAUACACGAUUACGAGUGCCGGUGUCCGCCCGGCCUCGCCGGCGACGAUUGCACCCAGGACGUGGACCCGUGCUCGAGGAAGCCCUGCUUCAACGGCACCUGCGUGGUCGACAAGAGCACGCACCAGUUCAGUUGCAACUGCAAUCCCGGCUAUACAGGAACGUUGUGCAAAGACGACAUCGACGAGUGCAAGGUAUCCGAUAGUAAAAUAUGCAACCAGGGCAUCUGCGUGAACUUCGAAGGUAGCUUUCAAUGUUACUGCAAACCCGGUUACACGGGAGAACGGUGCAAUUUGGAUUUCGACGAAUGCCUGUCGACGCCGUGCAAAAACAACGCCACCUGCAUCAAUUUGGUCAACAAUUACGAAUGCCGUUGUCCUCCGGGCUACAACGGCAAAGAUUGCUCGGUGAACAUCGACGAGUGCGAGCCGAUGCCGUGCCGUCACGGCGCCACGUGCGUCGACGGCAUCGACGAGUUCACGUGCAUCUGUCCGGCCGGCUUGUCGGGGAAACGGUGCGAGGUGAACAUCGACGAUUGCGCGUCGUCGCCGUGCCUGCACGGCGCCCGUUGCAUCGACGGCUUGAACAGCUACGCGUGCAAUUGCACCGACACCGGCUACGAGGGCGCCCGUUGCGACGUCAACAUCGACGAUUGCGCCGGCGCGCCGUGCGUCAACGGCGCGCCCUGCUUGGAUUUGGUCAAGGACUAUUCGUGCCGGUGCUACGACGGGUACAGAGGUAAAAAUUGCGAAAUAGACGUGAACGAAUGCGAGAGCGGCCCCUGUCAAUACAACGGCACGUGCAUAGAACGUUCCAACGUCACCCUCUACAGUCCCGCGAACAAUUUCAACUUGCCCGAGAUAUUUUCGAAGCCGUUCAAUUACACCGAAGCGGCCGGUUACGAAUGCUUGUGCGUUUUGGGCGUGACAGGUCGAAAUUGCGAGACGAACAUCAACGAGUGCGAGAGCAAUCCGUGCCUGUUCGGUACUUGCGUCGAUAAAAUCGGAGGCUACGUUUGCGAAUGCGAAGAGGGAUACGAAGGUAUACAUUGCGAGCAGGACAUAAACGAAUGCGAGAAAUACAAGCCGUGCGUAAACGGCACCUGCAUCGAUAAGAUAGCGAAUUAUUUCUGUCAGUGUAACGGCGGUUACGGCGGGAAGAAUUGUUCCGUCGAACUCACGGGUUGUAUGGACGAACCGUGUUUGAACGACGGCCAAUGUCACCCGUACUUGAUCAACGAAACUGAGCACAAAUUCAAUUGCACCUGUCCCAACGGGUUCCACGGGCACACCUGCGAAGAGAUCACCACCAUGUCGUUCAGCGGAACGUCCCAAGUCACCGUAAAUACUACGAGAGAGGAAGGAUACGAUAUACAAUUUCGAUUCAAAACCACUUUAGGCGACGGUCUACUAGCGCUCGGCAAAGGCCUGACCUUCUACAUACUGGAAUUGUCGAAGGGCAGGUUGAACCUCCAUUCGAGCCUGCUCAACAAAUGGGAGGGCGUGUUCAUCGGUUCCGGUUUGAACGACAGCAACUGGCAGAAGGUGUUCGUCGCCAUAAACUCGUCGCAUUUGGUCCUGUCGGCCAACGACGAGCAAACCAUCUAUCCGAUCAGCUACAACGAGAACAACAACGUGUCGAGCACCAGCUUCCCGGUGACCUACAUCGGCGGCAUCCCGAACAAUUUGCGUAAGCUGACGCACGGCCAGCCGUUCCUCGUCGGUUGCACCGAGGACGUGCUCAUCAACGGGCAGUGGGUGUUGCCCGGCAACCGGAACCCGUCGUGGUUGAGCUUCUACCACGUGGAGGAGAAGUGCGUGCGGAAGCCGCAAUGCGAUCCGAAUCCGUGCCAAUCGGGCGGCCGGUGCACCGACCGAUGGAGGGACUUCAGUUGCACGUGCGAGCGACCGUACAUCGGCCACAUUUGCCAGUACAAUUACACGGCGGCGACGUUCGGUCACGAGAACAUCACCGAUUCGCUGGUGACCGUCGACGUGGCCGAUUACGCCAGAAGGGCCGUCAGAUCCAUCGUGGAUAUCAGCAUGUUCGUUAGAACGAGGCAAUCGAAAGGGCAGAUAUUCUAUUUGGGUUCGGGCGCGCUGAAUAACCCGAACGACGAGACGUACGUGGCCGCUCAACUGGAGGGCGGCGAAUUGCUGGUGCGCAUACAAUUCGAAGGCAACCUGGAAAGCUACACGGUGGGCGGCGUGAAAUUGGACAACGGUUUCGAUCAUCUGAUUAAGGUCAUCAGGAACGUGACGUUGGUGCAAGUGAAGCUGAACAACACCGAGUACUUUCGCAAGACCAUAUCGGCGUCGGGAGCGUUGGACGUGAGAGUUUUGUAUUUGGGCGGACAGCCGAACGCGCGGGCCGUGCGACAGGCCGACGAGCACGCCGCCAAAAUGGUGGAAACGACGCCCGUCGUCGCGACGCACGCCAGCGUUAAUUUCAAAGGGAUCAUUCAGGACGUGCAGGUCAGUAACGGUUCUUCGGUGAUGAUAGUGGAGUUUUAUCCGUUGCGAGCUACCGAUUUGGAGAUUCCAUUGCCUUUUGGUAACGUCACUUUCGAUAAAUCUACGGUAUUAAAGGGCGUCCAUUCCGACGAUUUGUGCAAAUUGAAUCCCUGUCAUAUAGGAAACUGUUCGAACACGUGGAACGAUUACAAGUGCAUAUGUCCCAUCGGUUUCAAAGGUAAAGACUGCACCGAAUUGGAGUUCUGCGAAUUGAAAGGCUGCCCGGCGAAUUCGCUGUGCAAAAACCUAGAAGACGGCUACGAGUGCAUAUCGAACGCCACCUUCGACGGCCUGCAGAAACCCCUGUCGUACGGCCUGACCGGCGCCGGUCCGGCGCUCGACGACUUCGCCUUCGAUUCGCUGGAGCUGCGCUACCGCACCAGGUCCUGGGGCACCGUCCUCUUCGCCAAGCACAAGGACGCCUACCUGGCCGUUUUCGUCUAUCACAACGAAGUGGUGACCGAGUGGAAUUUCAACGGCGCGCCGGAGACGCGGCGGUUCCGCAAGGACCGCUUCGAAGGCCAAUGGUUGUCGUUGUUGUUUCGGUACAAAAACGACAAGUUGCGCGGCGGUUUCAGGGAGCACGUCGUCGACGAAUCGCCGGAUUUCGAAGUGAAAGGAUUCGACGUCGCCGCUUUUACGGAUCUGUUCAAAUACGGCGUCGUGUAUAUAGGCGGUAGCGAUAACGGAACGUUCGAUUAUCGAACGGUUAUCGAUAAUACUGAUUAUAAUAUGACCGGUUACAUACCGGUCAGCGAUACUACUACACCGGAUUCGUUGAUCAGUAAUUCGCUGGAGAGCGAAUUCAACGAGGACGUUUUAUUGUAUAAAGUAGACCAGGAUAAAAAGACUGACAAUUUUAAGGGUUGUUUGGGAGAGAUCAGAAUCGGCGGGCUUCUUCUCCCCUAUUUCCACGCGGCGGAAAUGUACCCGAACAAAACCAAUCUGAAGAGAUACUUCGAACUGUCGCCGGACUCGCGCGUCGAAUACGGCUGCGUCCUGUGCUAUUCGGGCGAUUGCCUCAACAAAGGGGUGUGCGUCAACAGCACCGAAACGUACAAGUGCCACUGUCAGCCCGGCUACACGGGCGACGAUUGCUCGACGGACAUCGACGAGUGCGAGAACAACCGUUGCCAGAACAACGCCACGUGCGUCGACCUGAUCGACGAGUACAAGUGCGAAUGUCUGCUCGGCUACGAGGGCGAAUUCUGCGAGACCGAUCGCGACGAGUGCGCGAGCGAUCCCUGCCGGCACGGCGGCACCUGCAACGAUUUGAUCGGCGCCUUCAAGUGCGAUUGUCCCGAAGGUUUCGUCGGUAAACAAUGCGAAGCCCCAUUGUUGAUCACCUGCGAAAACAAGCCUUGCAGGGAGGGCGCCACGUGCGUGACGGGCCCCAACGAAUCCACCGGUCACAAUUACACCUGUUUUUGCACCGAAGGUAUGGAAGGGGAUCUGUGCGACACGGCCUUUUGUUCGAACAGACAUUGCGAACACGGUUUUUGCAACAUCACCGGCGACGUGCCGUUUUGCGAUUGCCAACGGGGCUUCGAAGGGAAAUUCUGCGAGAUUAACAUCGACGAGUGCGUCCUGCCCAACGGCUCGGGUCCUUGCCAGAACGGCGGCCUUUGCAAGGACGAAAUCAACAGAUAUACGUGCGUUUGCGACGGAACCGGUUAUACGGGACUGUUGUGCGAGAUCGACAUCGACGAAUGCCAGGACAAGGCGGACCCGUGCGGCGGCGCCGGAAGGUGCGAGAAUUUGCCGGGUUCCUAUCGAUGCAUAUGCGAUUCGAUAAAGGGCAAGUGCGGCUACCAAUGCGACAUGGACGAUCCCUGCGAGGCGAUGAGGAAUCCGAGCGAAGGGGGCCCGUGCGUGCACGGCAAUUGCCGCUCGCAGUGCACCGAUAGAGCGGAUUAUUUCUGCGAGUGCGAGGAGAAUUUCGCCGGGAAGAAUUGCACGGAUUUGAGGUGGACUUCCAGCGAGUCAUCGAGCCAACUGAACAUCCUGUACAUUAUAAUUCCCGUAAUAGCGGUAUUGUUGAUCGGAUUAGCGGCGGGUUCGUUCGUUUUGCUCAAUCUAGCUAGGAGUAAAAGAGCCACGCGGGGCACGUACAGUCCGAGCGCCCAAGAAUUUUGCAAUCCUCGCGUGGAAUUGGAUCACGUGCUGAAACCGCCGCCCGAAGAGCGAUUGAUUUAAGUUUUUACUUUUAUUGUUUAAUUUAUUUAUUUGUUUUUUUAAAUAUUUGUUAGGCAUACAAAAUGAUGUAAUUAAUUAACGUUAGGUCCGAGUUAUCGUUUGUCUCGCGAACAAUUAGAAAAUUUGACUAAUGAUGAAUCUCAUAUAAAUAUUUUAGCUAAUAUUUUAAUUGUAAUAAUGAUAACCGUCCAAUGAGGUAAAAGAUUGUGAUAGGUAGCAAAAAUUCCAGCUUAAACCGAAAUUGCCUUAUUUUUUAUAUUAAGUAUAGACCAAAGUAUUUGAUAUGUACAUAUAUAAGUAUUGUUAUUUGGUAUUUUUUUAAAUCAAUUGUAUUGUAUUUUUUUAAGUUCUACUAUAGUAUUUUAAGGACCUACAAAAAGUGAUAAAUGUAUUACAAUUAUACAUUUCUCAUCUAAAUUUACAUAUUCACCUUUUUGGGGCAAAUACAUAGUUACAAUGUAGGGCCCCAAAAAAGUAAAAUAAAUUAAAAGUACUUACUAAUCGAAGCGACAACGAUUUUUAAUAAUACACCCCAUAAAGUAAAUUACAUUUUGGAGUAGUAACCCUCGUGUACCACCAAGUUCCUCUCCAAGUCCCCGACGCGAGAAAACCCUAAAAAAAAUACAAGCGUUAGUAUAGACAUUUACAAUUCUCUAGAGUAAAUAAAUUACCUGCGAUGGCCAUCGCCGUGGACAAUUCGUUUUUGAGUAUACCCAAGACCUUCUCGACGCCUUCCCGUCCGCCGCAGACCAAUCCCCAGAGCGCCGCGCGCCCCACGAACGCCAUCUUGGCCCCCAAAGCCAGCGCCUUCAGCACGUCCACCCCGUCGGUGAUGCCGCCGUCCACGUACACCUCCACCUUACCACCCA